AUGGUCAUGACACCGUCGACGGCUGCGAGCGGCACGCCGCCCAGCGUCCUGACCAAGUUCUUGGGCCUGUUGCGUAACUUCCGAGAGCCUGUGACCGACACGGAAGUGCGCGACUAUUUCCGGGCGGAAGGCGGCGGCGGGGGCUACGAGCAACUGCCGGACGUCAUCAACGCGCUCCUGGGCGAAGGCAAAAUCAAGAUUUUCAAGAAAGGGAACGUGCUUUCGUAUGGAAUUGUCGACGCAGAAGAGGCAGAACGGAUCCGGGGACUCACGUUGGAGCAGCGUCUAGUGCUGCAGGAGAUUGAGCGUGCAGGUAAUAAAGGGAUCUGGACGAGGGAUAUCAAGACGCACACGAACAUUCCACAGCAAAUUGUGACGAAGACGUUGCGGCUGCUCGAGACGCGGCGUCUGGUCAAAUCGGUUAAGUCCAUUAGCAGCAAAAACAAGAAGCUGUAUAUGCUGUUUGACCUGGUGCCUUCGACGGAAAUUACUGGUGGUCCGUGGUACAAUGAGCAGGAGUUUGACCACGUGUUUAUCGACACGCUCAGCACGUUUGUGUACGAAGUGAUCAAGGCCUCGGGAAUGAGUACGUUGAACGCGAUUACAGACAAGGUGCAUGCAUCAGGUAUCUCCAAGGUGGCGUUGGGUCCCGAGGAAAUUGGCUCCAUCAUCCAGAUGCUCAUGUACGACGGUCGCGUCGAGGAAGUCCGCUCCGUGCGUCUAACACCUGGUGCAUCUCACGAAGCAAAGUACAAGGUGUCGCAACAAAUUACGACAUUCAACUACCUGUCGGAGACUCCCUGCGGCGUCUGUCCGGUAUUUGAUCAAUGCCAGGAAGGAAACGUCAUUUCGCCCCGCUCGUGUCUGUACAUGACCAAGUGGUCAAGCCUAAAGGACCUUGACUUCUAG